CGGAAGUUGCACAGUGCGAAUGUCAACAAGAAGACGGUGAAACGGCUCGCUGAUGCAUUCCCCCGUGUGGCCUCAGCGACGAUGACACCUUUCCUUAUGGUGGCCUGAUGGACGUUCCGUAUUUUCACCAUUAAAUUAUUUUUUUCCCCCCUCUUCUACACAUUUCUGAGAAAUAACGUUACAGUCAUUGGAUAAGCAUCAGCAUGGCUGUCACUUUCAACAUUUAUGUUGUCAGCGUUUUAUUUAUAACAGCCCUCAGCGGUCUGGAGCUGGCCUCCGGUUCUGCUCAUUGUGAACGAUCGCCCAAGGUUCUCACAGAUAGGCAAGGGGAGAUCCGGAGCUCCGCCCACCAGAGGUGGUCUCCCCGCCCACUGAACUGCACUUGGGUGAUCCCUGCAGCCGCGGGGGAUCUUGUCAUUCUAAGUUUCUCUCAGUUUUCUGUGAGAUGUGGGCGGGACUGGGUGUCUGUGACAUCACUGACCGGUGAACCUAUCACCCUCUGUGGGUCCAAGCUGCCAAAACCAAUCGAAUUAUCAGGGGGAAACAUCACAGUGACACACCACUUCUUCCCUCAUUUUUACCCUUCAUCAGGGUUCCGACUACAGUAUAUAAGAGACUCUGGCCCGUGUUGGCCUGGGGAGUUUGAGUGUUACAGCGAGCGCUGUUUGCCUGCGUCUUGGCGUUGUAACGGACAGGUGGAAUGCCUGGGCGAGGGAGACGAGCUUGGGCCAGACGAGGAUGACUGCGACUACUACGGCGGUUUUCGCCUGCAGUCCGAGGUCACGUCCGCGGACGUGCCCCCCACCACGACGGAGCCGUACGGGAACGCGCGGUUGCGCGUGGAGACGGGAUUGGUCCGGCCGACCCAGGAGGCGCCCUGCGGCGGGGUCCUGCACAAGUUCUACGGCUCGUUCGUUCCCCCGGCGUCGACGGGGACCCCGCUGACGUGCGUGUGGACGGUUGACCCGCAGGACUUGCGUCCGCUCAAACUGGAACUGCAGCGGCUGGGGCUGGGCCCCAGAGACACCAUCGUCAUUACGGACCAGCCCAACGGCACGGGAAACGUCAUCAAAACGAUCAAUUUUGCAUCCAAUAACAAAGUCGUAGAGGUGGAAUCCCGCACUGGACUGCUCUCUUUGAUCUAUCGAACACUCCCAUCCUCUGAUGGGUGGGGCUUCAACGCCACCUAUCGCAUUUCUGAUUACUGCCUGCCGUGGGAGGGGCUCUGUAAAGGUUCGGGGGGCGGUUGCUUUACGCCCAAGCAGCGUUGCGAUGGCCACUGGGACUGUCCCGAGACCGGGCUGGAUGAGGAAGGGUGUGGCGGAUGCCCCCCGGGGCACUAUCCGUGCGGAGGUAUAGCGGCGCAGCGGGCAGGGCACUUUGUGGGACGGCCCGUCUGUUUCUCAGCCAAAGAACGCUGUAACUACCAGCUUAACUGUGCUGACGGCAGCGAUGAGAGAGACUGCACCAUCUGUCAGCCAGGAACCUUCCACUGCGACAGCGACAGGUGCGUCUUUGAAAGCUGGCGCUGUGACGGCCAAGUAGACUGCAAAGAUGGCACAGAUGAAAUGAACUGCACUGUGACCCUGCCUCGAAAGGUCAUCACCGCAGCAACAGUUGGAAGCCUUGUGUGUGGCCUGCUAUUGGUCAUUGCAAUGGGCUGCACUUGCAAACUGUACUCACUGCGUACCCGUGAAUACAGCAUGUUUGCACCAAUCACUCGACAAGAGGCGGAGCUAAUCCAGCAACAGGCCCCGCCUUCUUAUGGUCAGCUGAUAGCACAGGGGGUUAUUCCUCCAGUGGAGGACUUCCCCACUGAAAACCCUAACGAGGCCUCUUCUCUGUCCCUGAGAGGAAUACUUCAGCUUCUUCGACAGGACAACGCCGGCUCCUCGCGAAGGCGACGACGCCCCAGAUUUGUCCGUCGCACCAUUCGUCGCCUGCGGAGAUGGGGCUUAAUCCCGAGACCCCCUCCAAGAUCUUCACAAACAACAAGCGCCACCUCUCAGCAGACAGAGGCUGCUCCUACUGGCUCGGAGCCUGGUCAGUCAAAUUCCGGAGGCUCCUCAUUGGCCAGGGACGGCGUCAGUCAGCCUUUGCCUCAGAAACUCAGCUUGAUGUCACAGACAGAACAGCAACAGUCGGCAGAGUCUUCUGCUCCUUCUCAGACCCCUCCCCCAGCCCCUGAACCACCAAUCAGUGCCCCAGAACCGCCUCAGACCCCGCCUGUUGCCGCACCUCCCAGUAGCCCUUCCCUUGCUUCUAUCUUCCACUCUCUGGGGCUCAGUAUCUCUCUCUUCCGACCCUCCUCAUCUCCUACCUCUCUUCCCCUCUCUUCAUCCCCCUCUUUUUCUUCCUCUUCCUCAGAAGACGAGGUGCUGCUGAUCCCCCUCGCUGAUGACACAACCUCAGAGGAUGACGUGCCUAUGUUGACCUAGCUGAUCCCUCUGUCCUCCCCUACUCAUGCCCAUGACCCCAUGACCCCUAAAUUAUAAUCUCAGCACAUUAGCACCAUCAGGCUUCUUCUAUGUGCUGCCCAGGUGCCUUAUAUCUAAUGAAUGAAUCAGCUUUAUUUCAGAAGAGAUAAAGCACUGAGUGAAUGUGUGUGUGUGUGUGUGUGUGUGUGUGUGUGUGUGUGUGUGUGUGUGUGUGUGCGUGCGAGUGCACGUGUACGUGCUGGAUAUGCACUUACAAGGUAUUGUGUGUAGUGGAAGAGAACUUUGCACAGAAAAUCUUCCCCAACUCUCUUAAUGAAAACUUCCUCUGUCUUACCUUUGCUAUAGUUGCCCUGUUACAAAUAUCAGAUCUGACUCGCUGGGGCCGCUUCUCCGAUAAUUUAAAGGUGUAUGUUUGUAUGUGUGUGUGUGUGUGCAAGUGCACCUUGUUCUGCUUCUCACAGUAUAUGUGUGUAUCUUUGUAAGUGCCUUUUGAAUGAUCUCUCUGUACAUCACUAGGCAGUGUGUGAGUAGGUAUUUCUUAUAAGAAGCACUACUGUCAGUGUAUUAGAUAAUGCAUGUCAAUUCAGGCAAUAACUCACCUGUGAUACAUUUGUAAUUCCUCUACACUCUUUGUGACAACUGAACAUAUAUGUAUUUUGCGUUUGUGAACGUGUAUGUAGGAAUGCCGUUUCACAAACGAGACAAUCUUUACGGUGCCUGAGGUUUCACUCUCUAGACGCACAUUGCACACUGAACGGCCCACGCAACUUCAAUCCGAAUGACACGCGCCGUCACAGUCACCAUGGCGACGAACUUGAAUUUUUCACGUCGUAAUUUUUUUUUUUUUUUUUCACUGCGCUUCCUUUUUGAUUCGACGGACAUUGUAAACGUGCCAUAUGUAAAACAUUUGAUUUCGCCCGCUCUAAUGGCUAUUCCACUUUCAUUUUAUUCUAACUUGUUUGGCUAACAUUGUUUUUACUGAAUGUAUUUUUUUUUUUUGAAAUGCGUAGUUUUUUUGGAUUAAAUGUGUAAUAGGCCUAUGGUGAUCACAAUGGAAAGAGUGAAAAAGGUAAUGAUUUUAUUAGGGUGAAUUUCACUGUAUAUAUGCUGUAAAGAAACAAAAUCCACAACUAUUAAAAGAUUUGCACUUUU